AUGAUCGGGCGAGAUCCUCCCACACACGAAACUACACCGCUGUUAUCUAUUCAUCAACACUCACAGACAACAACCCCACCAUCAAGACAUGGAGCAAAUAAAUACCUGGUUUUAUUCAUUAUCGCAUUCCUCGGUCUUGCAGCCGACUUGAACGCAUAUAUAAGUGCAGCUCCCCAAACCGAAAUCUUCGAAACCAUCAUCUGUCGCAAUCUCUUCCCCGAUUCCAAUGACCUUUGCAAAUCCGAGCCAGUUCAGUCUGAACUGGCCUUGGUCAUCGGCUGGAAAGAUACUUUUGAUUUAGUCCCAGGUCUUCUUCUGUCUCUCCCUUACGGUGCGCUUGCAGAUCGAUACGGCCGCAAACCGGUCCUUCUCUUGGGGGUAUUGGGCUACUUGCUAGCCGAUGUUUGGGUAAAGAUUGUUUGCUACUAUUCAAAUGUACUCCCCCUGCGACUUAUUUGGUUUUCUGGGCUUUGGAAAUUCAUUGGUGGAGGUGAAAGAGUGGUUGCUGCCACGGCUUUUGUGAUGUUGUCAGACCUCUACUCAGCCACAGAAAGAACCAACGCGCUUCUAAGUAUGGUUGGGGCGACUAUUCUGUCAGAAGUAGUCGGUUCACCGAUCAGUGCGAUUUUAAUGCAGUACGGUCCAUGGUUUCCGUAUGCUAUCGGACUAGGAUUUGCGCUCUGCGGUGCUAGCAGUUCGUUGCUGCUGCCAGAAACCUUGAACGCGAAUAAAGCUGCAAUUUCCGAACCGGUCAGCGAUGAUGAGGGGACCUUAAAUGUCUCUAUGAAGAGAUCGGUGAUCGGGAAAGCCGUCCAAAAGAUCAAGAAAUUCAUAAGCUCGGCUGACUUCAUUUGGAAAAGCUCACCUGUCACGCUAUGUCUGUUCGCGUUGCUCGUCAGCACCAUCAGCAAACAGUCUUCCAAUUUGCUCAUCCAGUACGCAUCCAAGAAAUUUGAUUGGAGCAUCCCAAAGGCGGGUCUUUUGAUUUCAAUCCGUGGCUGUGUCACCCUAGGAAGCUUUUUCGUCCUCAUGCCUCUUCUAUCCUACUUCGUGGCCGUAAAUAUGUCCCAUCAAAGACCAUCACAAUGGAAGGACCUUGUCCUGUCCCAGGGCACCAGUGCACUCUCGGUUAUUGGAUAUGUGAUUAUGGCUGCUGGUGCUGUACCGGCAGUGCUGAUUACUGGACUCUCGGUCUCCUCGCUGGGUUCUACCUCGGCCGUCACUUUCCGCAGUGUAGCCACCGCAUUGGUGACCCCAGAGCACUUUGGGACUCUGCAUGCAGCUGCUGGAAUCUCAGAAUGUGUUGGAGGGCUCGUUGCCGGGCCCUUGUUGGCGUACAGCUAUAGUUUCGGGCUGCAUAUGGGCGGGGCCUGGCUCGGUCUGCCAUUUUUGGUUGCUGCUUUUGUUUAUGGACUGGCUCUGGUGGCAAUUUCUUGUGUUCGAUUACCAGAGGAGUCGACUGACGAUGGGGACUCUAUGUUGUAUAUGGAUCCUGCGGACUCCAUAUGA